ACGUCAUUUAGAAACUUUUAGCAACAAAUCAAUCUGCGUCUAACAAUUUAUCCUGAAAAUUAGUUGGCAACACUGACUAUAUAUAUAUAUAUAUAUAUAUAUAUAUAUAUGUAAAUGUGCUUUGGACUUGCCUCGCCUAGUCACAAAUUUAAGGCCACCAUUUGUGUCACUUAUGGGAAAAUGUGUGAUCAAUGAUGACUUCAGAAAUUAGAGAGACUUCGCCACCAAUUGCUGCUGGUGUAUGGAUAGCUGUCAUAUCAAGUUUCAUCAAUGGAUCGACGUUUGUGCUUCAAAAAAAGGGAAUAUUACGAUCCCGUAAAAGAGGUGGGUCCUAUCUAAAAGAUGGCGUAUGGUGGAGCGGCACACUCUCCAUGAUUGUGGGACAGAUUGGGAACUUCCUGGCCUAUAACGCAGCCCCUGCUGUGGUGGUCACACCUUUAGGUGCCCUGGGGGUGCUGUUUGGGGCUGUUCUGGCCUCCUAUAUCCUCCAGGAACAGCUGAAUGUCCUGGGGAAGCUGGGCUGUGUGUUGUGUUGCUGUGGUUCUGUCGUGCUCAUCAUUCACUCCCCUAAAUCAGAGAGCGUCACCUCUAGUCUGGAGCUGGAAGACAGGCUUGCUGAUCCAGUGUUCGUCACCUAUUCCUUGUUGGUGGUCCUACUACUGGUUGUGCUGAUCGUGUGGGUGGCCCCAGCUCACGGCACGUCCAACAUCAUGGUGUACGUAUCCAUCUGCUCCCUCCUGGGGAGUUUCACAGUCACCAGCAGUAAGGGUCUGGGCCUGGCCGCCCAGGAUGCCUUCAGCGGGGGGCCUUCCAGCAGCCGAGCCCUAGGUCUCUUCCUGGGUCUACUGGGAACCCUGUCCGUCAGCAUCCUCGUCCAGUUCACCUUCAUCAACAAGGCUCUGGAGCACUACAGCUCUAACAUGUUUGAAGCCAUUUACUACGUGACUUUCACAUCUACGGUCCUCACAGCUUCGGCCAUCUUGUUCAGAGAGUGGACCGCGGUGGGUUUAGUAGACUGCCUGGGCAUGCUGUGUGGGCUAACCACGGUGGCUGUAGGGGUCCUGCUGCUUCGCUUCUCCUCAGAGGCCUCACUCACCUGGAAGCAAGCUGCUAAAGGACCAGAUAAAAUGGAUUAAUCAGAGGCUUGUCAGUCUCAGGGAGAUUAAUGCAGUGUUUAUUGGUUAAUUUGGGGCCACAUUUUUUAAAAUCUUGAAUAACAUAUAUAAUUGUAUUGUGAAUUGUAUCUAAUAAAAUACUUGAAUGUAAGUGUAAGAAUCUUACUGUGGAUUUGCGAACAACAUAUCUGUUAUAUAUUUUGUUGCUCGCCAUUCUCAAGGGCUCAAUGAUCGGCAUAUGAAGUAAUCUCCUGUUGUGUUCAAACACAUAAAGUAGCAUUGUUGCUGUUGAAUGUGCUAGAUGUUUGCUAUUGUAACACUUGUCAGUCAGUGUCAAUCCAUGUGGACUGGCUGUAACUUAAAGAACCUAACUCAGGUGCCGAUUGAAAGGGUCUAAUUUCAUUACAACUUACAACAUGUGGUCAACGUUGUCAGUACGGAGUCAUAUUUUAUAAUUAAGUGAAAUUAACUCAAUGAUUUUUGUAAUUUACUACAAUAAAAGGCAAAAAAAAAACUUU